GAGAGACAAGUUGCAAAAUAUUUCAUUAGGUAUUUGCUGUCUAAAGGCUUUAAGAGGUUUGUGGGGUAUUAAAGGAAAGCUUCAGUGUAGCUAACAUUCUUGACAGUGUUGUGUGAAUAGUUCAGAUUUCAUGGUUUACGGCAGGGUUUAUAUACUGAGUGGUGUCAUUUAUUUGCAACAUGAUGAGAACAAAACCUGACCGCCUAUAGAACCAUCGAAAGCCUGCAGAGAGAGCUUGUCACCAACCUCGUGUCACCAUGGCAAUGACCAAGGUGAAGAACCUGCAGCUAUGGUGCGCCAAGAUGAGUGCCGGAUACAGGGAUGUGGAAGUGAACAAUAUGGCUGCCUCAUGGAAGUCUGGCCUUGCGUUCUGUGCCAUUAUACAUCGCUUCAGACCAGACCUCAUAGAUUAUGACUCCCUAUCGAAAGAGAAUGUUUUCGAGAACAAUAAUUUGGCAUUUGAGGUAGCGCAGAAGGAGCUGAAUAUCCCAGCAUUUCUUGAAGCUGAUGACAUGGUUGCAAUCCGAGUGCCGGACAGACUCUCUGUUGUCACAUACGUCUCACAGUAUUACAAUUACUUCCAUGACAAAGAACAGCUUGGAGGACCGGGGGUGAACAAGUUUGUUGCCGGGGGGAAAAAGCCAGCCACUCCCAAGGAGAAGGUGUCCCUUACACCUGCCAAGACAAACAUUGGCACCAACCAGGUGUCAGAGAGGCAGGACAGUAUUGGAGACAAGUGCAUUCUUUGUAAAGAGAAGGUCUACCUCCUGGAGCGACAUAUCGAUUCCGGCCGGCUCUACCAUCGCACAUGUUUCCGCAAUUCUGACCUCUCCCCCACCAGCAAGGUGUUCAAGCGGCACCCUGGGGACACUUCCGACACAGGAGAGUCCAAACACAGGAAAGUGGAUAUCAAUGCUGGUCAACAGGGCAAGGAUGAUCAGCCAUUGGACUUCUGGCAAAGGCGAAAUCUUGCUAAGGCAAAGGAAGAGAAGUGUGCAAAUAAAAUGGAAGUUGAUAAGCAGGAUGUGAAAGCUGGUGUUAAGGACAAGAGUGAAAUUAGUGGUAAAAGUGGUGCUAAGAAUGAACCAUUGUUGAAAAAGGGUUUGGAGAAAGGUUCUGAUAGGGGUCAAGUGAAAUCUUUGUUUGAGAGUGGUGAAAGUAAAUCUGAAACUCCGAAAGUAAAUAGGGUAAAUGUAAUGGACAAAUUUAAGGAGUUGGAAGAGAGGAAUCGGAAAAACAUUGGUGCUACACAGGACUCUAAAAGUGCUUUGGAUGAUAAAACUAAGAAAGAAUCAAAACAUGUUUCUAGUCAAUUCAACUCUGACAUUAAAUCAGAUAUAUUCAAGCCAGAAGAAAACAAAAGUAGACAAGAAAAGAUGGACACAACACCAGCAGAACUGCCAUUUAAGCCAAAACCUGUUGCAAGGUUUCAGAAAAAGACUGCAAGUGAAUCUCCUAAAAAGUCUGAGACAAGAUCAAAAUCACCAGUUGGGCUACGAUCAAACAAUUUCUCAAAACCUAAAACACCGCCCCAAAGACCAAAGUCUGAGUUCUCCUUAAAUUUAAGACCAGUGAUGAAAUCAGUUGACCUGGAUUCGCCCUCGUCACCCCCACCCCUCCCUCCAUCAUCACCCCCCAGGCUGCCUAUCUCUAAACCACCAAGUGUUCAACCCUCAAAUCAACCUAAAGUUAACUUUGGUGAAUCACCAUUAUCCUCGCCAAGGAAUAAAAAAGAUCCUUACCAUGGUGAAGAUAGUGAAAAGAAAGGUACAAAAUCACAUGGUCCUCCUUCAAAGCCACCCAGAAUUAGUGCUGUAGUUGAGAAAGAUAAAGAAAGUGGUAGUCAAAAUACACUUGAAAUACAUUCUGCAGUGACAUCUAACACAAAAGGUCCUUUAAGGGAACAUUCAGCUGUUUUAGUUGUUCCAAACAGACCACAGGAUGAGAAGAAGAAUAAACAAGUGUUUGGGGGGUUGUUAAAAACCUUAGCUGAUGUUCGAAACAAGAAUGAAUCUGGCAGUCCUGACAGUUCAGUGGGUGUACAUGAUGAUAAGAAUGUUUCUGUGUUGGAACCUGUAAAACCUGAACAAAAGAGUGGUUCUAGUCAUGAUAAAGUUAAUGUUACUCAGAAAAUAGAUCCGAGCCCAAGAACAAAACCGCAGAGACCCAAAUCAUCUUUUGUGUCUCAAACAACUUCAGAAUUUCAAAAUGAUAAGCCUGAAUCUAGUAGCAAAGUAACAAAGGUUACCAAAACUGUCACAACCACGGUAACCAAAGUAACCAAACAUGGGCAAAAUGAGCCGAAAUCCAAAGUUAAAGAAGCCUCUGUUGUUACAAAUACAACGUUAACUUCAGAUGAUGACAUUCCAGAAUGGAAGAGGAAGCUUGAAGAAAGGAAAAAAGAGAAGGCAAGACCAAAAUCUGCGGAUUUGUUACAUGAAAAAUCAAAGACUGAAAGUAAUGUUUUAGAUUGGCAAAAGGAGGCUGAAAAGAGGAAAGAGUUAAGGAAAGGGGGAUAUGUUGACCCUGAGAAAGGUAAAGUGAUGAAUGGUUCUAGUAAUUUAGAAAACAAAACAAAAGCAAUUACAAAACCUGUUUCACCUCCGCAUCCUGCCCCUAGGAAAAUCGUUGAUAUUACUGAUAGAUUUGUCAAAGGUAAGGAAACUAAAGAUGAUGGGUUCCAAUUUGACAAAACCAAAGACAUAGUUAAAAAAACAGAUAAAUCUCCUGAACGGAAAAAGAUUCCAUUUAAUGGUUCAAAAUUCACUGAAAACGACACAAGAGAAGAUGAACCACAGAAGAAGAAGAUCACAGUGCCUAAAAAAUUUACGUUCAAGGAAAUCGAAGACAAGUCUGUCCCGCCCAAACCACCCCGCCCUGCCUUGCCCACCAGUCCAAAGUCAACCAGGGAUCACCCAACAAGGCCACCACCACCGAAGGUCCUCACAUCUGGUGGUCGGCAGCACAUUUCAACGGCCCAGAUCCAGCGGCAGCUCAAGGCCAUUGACAGCCGCCUUACCCAGCUGGAACUGAAGGGCCGACAACUGGAAGAUACCAUCAGAAAUGCGAAUGAGGAUGAUGAUGAUGAGCUAAUGAUCUCAUGGUUUACCCUCGUCAACGAGAAGAACGAGCUAGUUCGCACAGAGAACGACUUCAUAUACAUAAACCGUGAGCAGGAGUUGGAAGUUGAGCAGGAGACAGUGGACCAGCAGCUCCGACGCCUCAUUAACAAACCAGAUGACAAGAAGGGUGCCAGUGAGCGGCAUCGCGAGGAAGAGCUGAUUGAGAAGAAGAUGGAGAUUAUCAACCAGCGAAAUAAGAUUGUAGACAGCAUAGACGAGGAUAGGAUCAGAUACCUGGAAGAAGACAGUGAGAUAGAGGCUAUGUUACAACAGAAAGCAUUUAAGGUUACCCCUGUGGAAAAGUCAAAGAAAAAAUCAGGUUUGAGAAUAGGAUUUUCCAAAGGCGGUAAACAUGGUGGUGUGAAGGCGAAGAAGCCUGUGAAAUAAUCAACGUGUUGACUUUCUGUUACACCUUUAAACCCUCACCCAUUAAUGAUUGGGACAUGAACAAUACGAGAGAGAUGAAGUCAGAGGAUGUUUUCUGUUCAUCAUAGCUUAUUGUGCUGUGUUGAUGCAAUGAAAUUGUAUUAACUGUUUGGUGAUGAAUAGUUUCUUUUCAAAUUUUAUUUUAUAGAAUUGAACGUUUUUUUAACAAAAUGUCUGGUAUUGUGAUAGCUUUUGUGUUGUUGUUGGGGUGCAAUUCGUUAAACCUUGGCCAUAACAAUAAAAAAAGUUCGCAAUAUUGAAUGAAACUUGGUAUACACAUACAUUGUAUGAUUGUAAUGCCUAUUAGUCUGGCUUGGUUAAAUUAUUGAGUUAUGCCUCUUGUUGGACUGAAAAAUCCUGACGAUCAUGGGGGGGUGCCCUGCAGAGCUGCAGUUUAUAACUCUACAAUUUAACUUACAUUUUGCUUCAUUUUUCAAUGAACAUUUGAUAUCAUAUCAGAUACUUAUAGAUCUACAUUUGCUUUACUGUCAUUCUAAUGAUCUAUGUGUAUAGCUUACUUGUCUCAUUUUCCUUGCGCAUUAUAAUCACAUGUGGGUACAUCCCGAAUAUUAUGAGGUUGCUGCCAACGAUGAUAUUAUAUUUUGAGUAUGGUUUGUCAAGCAAUUGUUUACAGACAGGUAAUGUGUUUAAACAUGUAUGGUGUAUUUGGGAAUAUUUACCUUGCCCGGCUCUAUUCCUAUGAUAUUUAGAUACAUAGAAAUUGUCAAAAGUUUUUCCCAAUAAUUUUUUUUUUCAUCCUAACUUGAUAACAGGUUCUUUUAAUUGAUGUUGACAAGUACUAGUAUGUCUGUGUUUUUGCAUUCUCGUUCACCAGAGUGAUGAUGCUAUGCGUAUAUCAUUAGCAAACCGCUGAUGAAUGAGAAUGUGUUUUUGAAGCAUUGACACUUCUUAUUAUGCUGAUAGUUUGGUCUAGUAACAUUGUUUGUGCCACAUCAUAUUUGUACUUUGUGCCAUAGUGUAAACUUUUAAGUAGUCUUGUUUGGUGAAGCAUUUUAUCCUUCUGUUCUUUUUCACAAAAUUUGUGAAAGUUGAUGGUGCAUAAAUGAUAUUCUAUAUUCUGUAGCCUAAUUCAUGUUGUUACUAUGUUAUAAAACCCUUGUGAUUAACUGGUUGACUUUAAAGCUUAAGUUUCAAACUCUCCUGUUAUAUGUUAUUAUAAGAAAGAAUAUUUUGAUGGAUUCUAUAUAUUUAUAGAUCUGAGAAUUCUGUGAUACAUGUACUUUGUAUGUAGAAGUUAGUCUUUAUUUUUGCCUUGCUUAACUACAUUUAUUUUGUCGGCAAGUUACAUCUGGUUGCAACUUCAUUGUUUAGUGAGGCAAAAAUCAUUUGACUUUGAAUAACUCUAGUAUAUAGCAAACUUCUAAAUAACCCACUUCAUAUCAGUUAAUGACAAAAUGCUAGUCAUGCUUUUCCGAAGCUUCUUGACAUUUGAAUAAGAAGUCCUUCGACAUUCACACUGGUCUGGUCACUUGUCUCCAUGUCUCAUGAGCUCAAACACUAAUUUAUAGAAAUGUUAUAUCACGCAUAAGCUUCAAACUAGAUAUUAAAUGUAUUUAGAUAUAAAUGAUUUCUGGAUUUUUUUUUUUACACAUUUGUACCUGCCAUUCAGUGCAUUUAAAUAUUUUUUCAAACCUUUUUCAAGUGUAGCAAAAGAAUAUAUGACAUUUAUUUCUCUAUAUUAUUCAAGCAAGCUUGUAUUCAAGUGUACAUAGCAGUCUACCUGGUUUCAAAUGGAAACGCAAGAUUCUAACAUAUUGAAAGUGAUGCAAAUAAUAACAAUGGUCUAAUCAAUUCUUGCCUCUUCUUGAAGUAAUAUCAAGGCCUGUUAUAUCUGUGAUCUGUUUGACAUAUCUACAAACAUAUUACUUACAUUCCAUUUUGAGAUUUAUUUUUGUUACAUGUAGAAUGUUUUUAUUAUUCUUAGACUAGUUUUAAUCAUGAAAUAUCAAGUGAUGAUUCUUCAUAUUCUCUAUUGUUGCUGGUAGUUUGGAUAAUGUAAAAUCAUGUGUUCAUUCUUACUAUUUUAUCAUUUUAUAUCUUUUAAUAAACAUUAUUUUUC